AUGCUCGUGAUAGUCUUUGCCCUGUCGCUGCUGUGCCUGUUUGCACCAUGGGCUGAAGGGCAAUAUACUGAGCAGCUGCAGCUGCAUCCGCUUCCUCAAUCUCAACUUCUGGCUGCCUUCAACUUCAAGGCCAACACGACCAAGUCCGACUUCGAUGCUCAGAACUACCGCCUGUUCCCACGUUCGUUGGGUCAGAUCUUGCAACACACGCAUGCGAGAGAACUCCAUCUUCGCUUCAGUCUUGGUCGCUGGGAUUCGGAGAACUGGGGACAACGACCGCGACGCGGCCGCCGUGAAGGAGGCACUGGUGUCGAGCUGUGGGCCUGGGUCGAGGCAGACUCACACGAACAAGCCAAUGCUCGCUGGUUGACUCUGAGCAAUGCUCUAUCUGGUCUCUUCUGUGCCUCGAUCAACUUUAUCGACUCGACCAAGACCAUCCGUCCGGCAAUGACUUUUGAUCUGGAGGGCUCUCACAAAAACACAUCUGGCUUGCACCUGCUGCACGGUGCUCUGCCUCACGAAGUCGUCUGCACCGAGAACCUGACGCCCUUCUUGAAGCUUCUCCCGUGCAAGGGAAAGGCUGGCAUUGCGACUCUGCUAGACGGACACAAGCUGUUCGACGCCUCCUGGCAGACAAUGGCCAUCGAUGUGCGCCCUAUAUGCCCUGCCGAUGGAAGCGAAUGCUUGCUGGAGAUUGAACAAACAGUGGACAUGGUUCUUGAUCUUGACCGAUCUAUGCGAUCUCAGCAUGAUCCCAUCCCCAGACCUCCGCCAGUUGAGGAAAUCGCCUGUGACACCGGCAAAUGGUACAACAGUCACGAUACCUGUUACCCACGCGAACGUUCCACCGAGCGUGAUUGGACUUUGAGCAAGGUCUUCGGUCGUCCUAUUCGUGGUUCUUGUCAUGUCAACGAAGGUGCUUCCCCUGAGUCAGUCACGCUGCACGCCGCUCCUGGUCAAGAUAUUCAGAUUACCGCCGAGGAGGCUUACAGUGGGCACAAAUCCGAGGAUGGUCUUGUACGCUAUGUUCUUCCACCAUCCGGUGACUUCGAUAUUGCACUAGGCGAGCAACCCUUGAUCUCGCCUUCUACUCUCGAACAACCCCGCCUUCGUGCAGAACGAACUAUGGUCGGUUACGGCCAGGAGCGAGGUGGUAUGCGAGUCAUCCUUACCAAUCCAUCUACUACCGAUUCUGUUGAUCUUGUCUAUCUCGAGUCUUUGCCGUGGUUCAUGAAACCAUACCUACACACCCUACACGCUUCCAUCAACUCUGCGCCAUCACCAUCAUCAAUCCAGCAGAUCUUCUACAGGCCUGCUAUUGACCGUGCCAGAGGUACUCAUCUCGAGCUACGCCUCCAUGUUCCUGCCGGCGCCUCCUUGGUUCUGACUUACGACUUUGAAAAGGCCAUUCUACGAUACACCGAAUAUCCUCCUGACGCGAACCGCGGCUUUGAUGUUGCACCCUCAAUAGUCAAACUGCUUACCAAUUCGACCAACGGAGAACACAGCACGCCUGUAUAUCUACGCACCACUUCUAUGCUUCUUCCUCUGCCGACUCCCGACUUCAGUAUGCCGUACAAUGUCAUCAUCUUGACUAGUACCGUCAUGGCCAUGGCAUUUGGUAGUAUCUUCAACUUGAUCGUGCGCCGUUUUGUCGCUGCAGAUGAGGUCGAGCCUGCAGGAAUUGUUGCAAUCAAAGCAAAGCUCCAGGCUAUCGUCUUGGACUUGAAGCAGAAGAUCCANAAGAGUAGAGAAAUCAAGGCUGCCGAUCUAAACGGCGAAACCAAGAAAGUACGGUAG